AUGUCUGUGGCAUCACUUUCGUCCUCGUUGUCUUCAUCAGCAUCUUCCACGCUGCUGCCUGCAGGGCCUUCCUCUAGCCAAUUCAAUAUCGCAACCGAUCAGCUACUCCCUACAUCUUGUUCCUCCACGUUCAAGAGUCGUUCAGGUGGUCUUGUUUCCAGCCCCAUACCUUGCUCGUUUUCCUCUGCACCUUCGAUGGGUCAGGUAAACAGCCGCCCACAUGUUGCUACGGUACUUUCACCACCAUCAUCACCAGCUCCUAGUUUGUCAACAGGAUUCAGCCUUUCCCGUGCUUUUGGUGGACGACGGAAGAAAUCCGAGACUCUCAAUGUCUCUUCUUGCUCAUCGCAGCAUAGUGGAAGCAGAGUGAAGGACUCUCAGAGUAGCGACGAAUAUUACCCUGGGACCCCACGCAGUGCACCGUCCCGCCCAUACGGAGCCAAACAGUUGACUCUCUCACUCGCUUCGCAUGUUUUCAGCAAGAAACACCCAGGCUCAGCUCCCGUUUCGCCUGCGGUGAGCCUUGCGCCGCCACCCCCUCCACCGAAGGUUGCUGCGCCACAUCCCGUGUCACACCUUGCGCCCGUGAACACAGAUAUCGACAAGCGAGUCUCGGUAAUGACCACCACGAGUCCUAUUGCGCCAGCUUUGGAUUACAUGCGCAGAACAGAUGAAGCUUCAGAAUUCGUAGCAUCCAAGGAGCAUGAAAGAAGAGAUCUCGAGAAAUCGGAUAUGAAGGAGAUCCGGAGAAAGAGCGAUUCUACGUUGAGCCAUCACACAAUCAAGCCCGGAUUUGGCAGAGGCCCUCGUCCAGUGUCAAUGGCAGAAUCACUGCAGUCGAAUCACACCAUCGUUCCGGUUAGCAAGCGCUUGAGUGCGUUCCACGAUAAUUAUAUGCCUGAGGAAGAAGAUGGUGAGAGAAUUGCGGAGAAGGGAUUCCACACACCGUUACGUUCCACAUCACCUUUCUGUCGUGGAUCCCCUGCAUCGUCUAUCAAAGUGAGCCGGGACAGGCGUUCGCAGUCUGUCAAUCUUGGCCCUCCCUUAACAUUGAUGACCUCGGCUCCGGAUUGCGCUGCAGCGACCGUUUCCAUGAGUAUGGACACUAUUCCCGUUGUUCCCAGAUCCAUCUCAGAGGAUAAGGGAAGAUCAGUUGUCGAAUUCUCAACCCUGCCUUCUAGCCCAAGAAGGCCAUCACCUGUCCCGUCACGCACGAAUGAUAGUCUCCUGGAUAGCCGCUCAUCUUCUCCUUCGCACCCAGAGCGCAAUUUGCCAGACAUUCCUGCUCCGCACCGACGCAUUCCACUAGCAUCGCCAGGAACAUCUUCGCCACCAUCAUUCAGACAGACGGCCAUUAGCAUAACUGGUCUUGCUCCAGCUGCUAGCCUUGCUUGGCGUGCCGUUGAGAAGAUGGGUCGCGUCUGGGGCAAGGCCUCCUCCCCUAGCUCGGGCUAUCCAUCACCUCCAGGCUGGGCACACGACAGUCGCUCGCCCCCUUUACGGGCUAGUUCUGGCCCCGAUGAACCUCCUAUGAAGACCCACCGACACGCACCUCACGCAUCUUUGGACCGUGAGGGUAUCUUAGCAUCAACUGGCCCUAUUCUUGGAAAGCGUCUGCGCGGUCCGGUCCGUUUGAGUCCUAGAGGUGCCGGCGUUGCUGGUGGACUUGUUUUUGGACGAGACAUGAAGGUAUGCGUAAGGGACACGGCAAUUGAUUCGGUCCGCGCCGCGUUGCGUGCCAAGGAGUUCGACAGCAGCGCCAUACAUGAUGCAGACAGCACGCCGAGCAGUGCCCCAAGUGUUCCUUCUGCUGCGCUGGAGAGUCGCCAAUUACCUGCAUUGGUUGUCAGGUGUGCGCAACACAUCCUCACCUGGGGUGUACAGGAACUUGGGUUGUUCCGUGUCAAUGGGAGGUCGUCUCAUGUCGCAAAAUUACGAUCAGAAUUUGAUACUGGUGCCGACUUUGACAUUGCUCAAUGCAGUCCUGGUGAUCUCGACCCUCAUGCUGUGGCGUCCAUCUUCAAGGCCUACCUCCGCGAACUUCCUGAACCAAUUUUAACGAAUGCUCUGUCGACUUCGUUCGAAGCGGCAAUGACAUCGGAGCGUUUCACACACAAUACGCUAGAACCUGCCCCAAGUCCAUGGAGCAUCCACCCUGGAUUGCGCAAGCCUCCUUCGUUGUCUACUCUGGCUAUGCCAAAUUUCUCUGGGUUACACCCACCAUCAGAGUCACUCCGCAAGGCACUCUCCUCGCUGAUUGCCCGCCUGCCACAAGAAAACCGUGAUCUUCUACUCACAGUCACGGAGCUAAUCAAUGCUACAUCCCAACGCUGUCAAGAUACGAAGAUGCCAUUGAACAAUCUACUGCUUGUCUUGUGUCCAAGCUUGACCAUGAACCCGUCCCUGUUGCAGGCGCUGUGUGAAAGCAAAGGCAUCUGGGAUGGGGUUCAGUGUCCAAUUGCACCUGUCCGCCCUUCGCGUGAGAGCGUCCCGUCUCUUCACGACGUGCUGGAAGAAGAGCAGCUUGACAAACAAGAUGAUAGGAUAAGCCCGACGCACGACGACGCGCAGUCCUGUCAGACACUUCCAGAGGUUCCCAUCGAUGACGUGGUUGAGCCACUCACUGCACCAGCGAAUACGCCUGUUGAUCUUAGCUCGUCACAGUCUUCAAUAUCGACCAGGCCGAGUCUGGACGCUGCGGGGUCGACAUCUGACGCAUCAUCAUUUGGACACACAGAUGAUAGCUCCCAGUCCUCCCAGCGCGAGCAUCCCAUAACCCCGCCUUCAGUCAAUGUCAAACUACCGAACCCUUACUCCUUGCCGUCGCUCUCAUCCUCAACGUCGUCUCUGUCCAGCCCUUCUAUAUCAUCGAAAUCUCCCAUCCGGUCUUCCAAGCGUCUUCCAUUCCUGGACGACAUCACUGAACCUCAAACCUCAACCUCGCCACACACCCUAGUCAUCGCCGAUCCUACACCUCUCUCACUACCCACGUCUCGACCUGAUCAGUCACAAUUCCAGUUUCCGUCUACUGGCGGGGACUUCGCACAGCUGCACACAGUUAUGCAUCGCAAAUCAACACCGUCUAUGUCAUUCCCUGGUGUUCAACAAACAGAAAUCGCCCGCUCCAACUCCUUUGCUUCCCGCGCGAAACGCAUGAAAAAGCCAUCUCUUCAUUUACUAUUCUCCAAACGCUCUGCUUCACCCAUGUCUUCACCGGUCAACUUCGCCCCAGCAUAUUCACGGAAUUCGUCAACUUCGGAGUCUCCAGUGUCCAUGAUGACAGCUCAAUCUACCAACAGAUUCAGCUUCCCCCCAGUGCUGAAUACAAAAAUCGACUCAUCUUCUAUCUCACUUGCGCUAGGCAUCGAGGAGGAAGAGCAAUCGGAUAUCGCUACUUCUGUUGGGCAUGGAACUGCCAAGAAUGUGCCUGUGGGGCCUCGUGAGUCGGUGGCCCUACUCACGCCAGUACUACCUGGUGGACUUCCAAGAUCUCCGGCGACGAUGUCCACGCGAGCACCCUACCGUCAUCUCGAUGUCUCCUUUCAAGAUGACGAUGAAUUUAGCGAGGAUGAUUGGACGCAAAGCGUGUUGUUGGCGGGGGAUGCAGUUUGGUGA